GUCGCGGUAGUAUGAGCCUGAAACUUUUCCGAAUCGCAUGUGUCGCCUCUUGUUGGCUGCGGUGGUCUUGUCUUGUCCCCUUCUUGAAGGAUAUCACUUUUUUCAGUUGAUUUUUUUCUGUGAGUGAGCCCCUUUGCGGCAGCUAGGAGAAGGUGAUUAAAAAAUUUUCCUGUGAUAAUACAUCGGUGUUUGACGGCAUGUUGAAAGUGUUUUAAUCAGUGCUUUAUCGGAGAAAAAUUGAUUUUCCUCUUUUUUUGUGUUUGCUAAAUGGGACAAAAUUGGAAUGGGAUAACGAUUGGGAUUCGGAUUCGGUGAAUCGGCAGCUGGAAACGGCAGUAUCGUUGGGGUGCGAAGGAGUGAGCAGGUAGUGAAAAAAAGGAUUUUCUGUGAUGCAGUAUGUGAUGGAAUUCGAUUCCUAUCCACUGCAUUAAGGGACGUGAUGCAGCGUUUCGAGCUACGACAAAAAAUGUGAAUAGUGAAAAAAUGGUGAAAGGCUGAAGUAAAUAAAAAAAAUAGUACUGCAGAUAGUGGGCCCUCGAACGGCCAGAAGGAAAGCUGAGCGCAGUUCUGACUGGAUCACUGCAGGAAAAUCAAUGGUGGAUCAGACGAAAAUUUGAUAUUUUUGACUUUCAAAAUAACACAUAUAAGAUACAGAAGACGGAGAUAAGAGAAUCGAAAGCGAGAGGAAAAAAGAGUGAGCACCCGAAAAAAUUCUAAAUCUAGAGUGUACGGAAAAGCUAAGAAAGACACAAGGAAAACACUGUGUCGGAGGACCGAGUUGUGAAGCACAGGAAGGACGACGGAACCGUACUUUGGCGACAGCUGGAACUGGAACGAGAAAAAAAGAGAGUUGAGGGCACGCCAAGCGGCUGAUGUGCGGUGUGUGUAGAGAAAAGAGAGUGGGAAAAUCAAAAACUCAAAUAAAAUUAGUACAGUUUUGCUUCCUCGGUGAACUUUGCUCGUAAAGGAUCCGUAGAUAUAGUGGAGUCGACCCAGAACCCCUCUUUGCCCCCUUUUGUGGAGAAAAGGAACAAGAUUCACACAUACACACACUCACACACGCACACCUGUCCUGUCCUGACCAAAUUAGGCAGAGGGAACUGCUACGAGGUGGCGCCAAGAAGUAACGGAUGAUAGAACGGAAGUCAGGAAGGAAGGACGGAAGAAGCGAAUAAGAGCAUAAAGACACAUCGGAGAUCCGAAGAACCUUGAGAGUUGGAACAGGACGUCGUUUGUGGUUCGCAGUUUUCGAAAGAAGUGCCAGUGCUCGUUGGUUUUGUGUAUGGUGGUAGCACAUAGAUAGAUAGAGUGCGCGGCCUCAGGCGAAAAAUCAGCAGCAGCGGCAUCGUUAUCAACUUCGUCGGAAAUAAAAUCUCGAAGCUCGAGUCUCUGAAAGCGCUCUGCAGCCGGAAACGAGAUGGAGAUCCGAGGCCUAAUCACCCGACUUCUCGGCCCGUGCCACCUGCGACAUCUGCUGCUCUGUAGUCUCGGGCUGUACUGCAUCCUGGUGCAAUCGGUUCACUGUCGGCAUCACGAAAGUGGCAGCUCGGCGGCACAUCAGCUCAGCUCAUCGAAAUACUCACAAUCACCCUCGUUAUCGUCAUCCUCGCAAUCGUCCUCAUCGUUAGUGGAAGAGUCGACGCUGAAUAAAGAUUCAGAUGCAUUUUUUACACCAUAUAUAGGUCAUGGAGAUUCUGUUCGAAUUGUAGAUGCCGAGCUAGGAACGCUUGAACGGGAGCAUGUUCACAGUAGCACUACGACGCGGAGGCGGGGUCUAACUAGAAGAGAAUCGAACUCAGAUUCGACGGAUAAUGAUCCGUUAGUGAUUACUACAGACAAGGGAAAAGUUCGAGGCGUCACAGUAGAAGCUCCCAGCGGCAAAAAGGUCGACGCCUGGAUGGGCAUUCCCUAUGCGCAACCACCGCUUGGACCACUAAGAUUUCGACACCCUCGACCGGUUGAGAAAUGGGCCGGAGUCCUAAAUGCAACCAAGCCGCCGAAUUCCUGCGUUCAGAUUGUCGACACCGUGUUCGGCGAUUUCCCUGGAGCCACCAUGUGGAACCCCAAUACUCCCCUAUCGGAAGACUGUCUCUACAUUAACGUGGUUGUGCCGCGGCCGAGGCCAAAGAAUGCUGCCGUCAUGCUGUGGAUUUUUGGAGGUGGAUUCUACUCGGGGACUGCUACACUGGAUGUCUAUGAUCACCGUACGCUCGCUUCGGAGGAAAACGUAAUCGUUGUAUCUCUCCAGUAUCGGGUGGCCAGUCUUGGAUUCCUGUUUCUCGGUACACCGGAAGCUCCGGGUAAUGCCGGACUGUUCGAUCAGAAUCUGGCCCUUCGAUGGGUUCGCGACAAUAUUCAUCGAUUCGGUGGAGAUCCUUCUCGAGUAACUCUGUUCGGGGAAAGUGCUGGAGCAGUCUCCGUGUCGCUACAUCUGCUAUCAGCCCUUUCACGGGAUCUCUUCCAGAGGGCAAUCUUACAGAGUGGAUCACCGACUGCUCCAUGGGCCUUGGUAUCACGUGAAGAAGCUACACUCAGAGCUCUCCGGCUUGCUGAGGCAGUGAACUGUCCGCAUGACGCAACUAAGCUCAGCGAUACAGUAGAAUGUCUCCGCUCAAAAGAUCCAAACGUACUGGUUGAUAACGAAUGGGGAACGCUAGGCAUCUGCGAGUUUCCCUUCGUACCCGUCGUAGAUGGUGCUUUCUUGGACGAAACUCCUCAACGAUCGCUAGCCAGCGGCAGAUUCAAGAAAACGGAAAUCCUCACAGGCAGCAACUCCGAAGAGGGAUACUACUUCAUAAUUUAUUAUCUAACUGAACUGUUACGGAAAGAGGAAGGCGUUACUGUUACUCGCGAAGAGUUCCUACAGGCAGUCCGUGAACUCAACCCGUACGUUAAUGGUGCUGCAAGACAAGCGAUUGUGUUCGAAUACACAGACUGGAUAGAACCGGAUAAUCCUAACAGUAAUCGAGAUGCUCUGGACAAAAUGGUUGGAGACUACCAUUUCACAUGCAAUGUAAACGAAUUUGCCCAGCGAUACGCCGAGGAAGGUAACAACGUAUUCAUGUAUUUGUACACACACCGGAGCAAAGGUAAUCCGUGGCCAAGAUGGACCGGUGUGAUGCACGGUGAUGAAAUCAACUACGUUUUCGGAGAGCCAUUAAAUCCCUCGCUAGGUUACCAGGACGAGGAAAAGGACUUCAGCCGGAAAAUUAUGCGAUACUGGUCAACUUUUGCCAAAACUGGAAAUCCCAACCAGAGUCCACCAACCAACAGCCUUCCGGAGUGGCCGAAGCACACCGCACAUGGCCGACACUACUUGGAGCUGGGACUGAACACGUCGUUCGUGGGACGGGGUCCGAGAUUGCGGCAGUGUGCAUUCUGGAAGAAAUACCUGCCACAACUAGUAGCAGCUACCUCUAAUCUACAAGUAACUCCAGCGCCUAGCGAACCUUGCGAGAGCAGCACGACUUCUCAUCGGCCGUUCAUAUUUCUAACAGUCACAUUAAUUUUCUCCACGCUUCUCAAAAUAUAAAAUUUAUAGUUUUCGUUUGUUAUGCUUUUCUUAUAAAAAAAACACUUAGGUCAGUUGAAAUAAAGUAAAACAAAAAAUUACAUUAAAACUAAUACUACUACACUAAUACUAACGCUACUACUACCAAUAACUGAAAAAAGAACAAUAAUACACUGUAUUCAGAAAAAUUAUGUCCACAGUUGAUUGUUUCAAGCGAACACUAUGCUCUGUAGUAAAAGAAAAAAAAAGAAAACCUAUUAAUGUACACACAGUUUAGUUUCAUGAUUUUCUACUGUAAAAUUAUGUAAACAAAAGGUGAUAUCAUUGAUAAUUUACAAACUCAUACAAUAAUCGAAGUAUUUCCUGUUAUAACUUGUGAUGACGAAUUUCGCUUUAACUACACCAGUGAAAGUUACUUAAGUUCAAAUAAUGAGAGUUUUAUAAAUCAACUUAUAAAAAAAAUACACAGCUGCUAGAGACAAUUAGACAUUAAAUCGAGAAAUUAUCUUGAGAAAUGAGCUAUUAUAGAAGCUAAUUGCAGAAGAAUAGCUACACAAAAAAUCCUUUAUAUACUUGGGAUUGAAAAAUGCCCAGCAUCUAAUUCUAACAAUCACACUCGUUUACUUUAAUAAUACGAUUCAAAAAUAAAAAAAACCAAAACUCUCUAUUUUAACACACGACACUAAUAUAUAAAGAAGAAAAGAUCCAAGAAGUUAAAAACAAAACAAAAGUGAACAUUGCAACGCAAAAAUUAAUGAGCGCGUCGGUUGAAUGGAAUUGUAGAUGAUCGUUGCAAAUAUAGGAAAACCAAUAGUUAAUGUUAGAUUACCUAAAUCCAAAGAAGAAGAAGAAAAAAAAGAAAACAUCCUAAAUCUUAAGAGAUGCAAAUAAAACACCUUAAAAGUAAUCGAAAAUGAGAAAAACUGAAAACAUAUCAUUAUAUUAUGUAACUCCGUUGUAAGCUACUGACAGAUAAAAAAAAACAAAUGAAAUCACCCAAGUGUAGUUAAAUAUUUCUAUACAAUUUAUGGUGGCCAAUUUUAAUACGAUAGACAAAUGCCCUAGUCGAGAGAAUAAACCAAUUCAAAAAAAAAAUACAAACACAGCUUAACACAAAACAAAAACAAGUAACAGAUGUCAUCAACAACUGUAAUUAGAGAAAUUCCUUGUCAAAACAACAACAGAAACAAAACCACUUUUCAACGGCUAGCGCGAAGAUUGCUGAGAUAAAAUCUUCUUAAUCAAUAACUAAGACUAAAACAAAAAGAGCCAGAAAAUCACAAAAAAAAACAAAAUGGAACCCGUUUAAAAAACGCGACGGAUUACAAAAAAAACAAAACCAACACAAACAUCAGAAACUAUAAAACAAAGCGGAUAUUUAGAACCACAACAACAACAAAAAAAAAGCGACUGUGUUUAAGGCUGCGAAAUUUGGAUGUACAAUUUCUUUGCUAGUUGCACAAAAUUAUCGGAAUUAAUAAUGAAAUUAAAAAAAGGGAAGUUUUAUAACGGAACUAAGCACGAGUUGGGAGAAGGCAUCAGGUUAAAAUCAGGCUGUCGAACUUGUUUUACUGGAAGGUUGAAGUAAGUGGUAGGUUUCGGUAUUUGAGAUGAUUUUUAUAUCGGCUAAGCAUAGGUUUUAAUUGCAGAUCGCUCAAUUGUAUUCGCAAUUUGAGAUGUAGUUUUCAUUUUCCUUGAGUGUUGUAACUCAAUUAUUUUGUUUUUGUUUCAAUGGAUUUGUUCACACUCAAUUGAUAAGGAUUAGAGCUCAUUUUUUGUUUUUGGUAUUUUUAUAUUAAACAUUAUAUUUCGACAUUCAUUCAACGGUUUGUUUGUCAUUACACACGUAGAGCUAUUUAUUAUGAGUUAAGCUUAAUCAUUAAUUCUACUGGUAAGUUUCGAAAUUUGUUUUAUCGGAAUCGUCCGUUCUGCAGGAACUCCAGCCGAUCAUGCACCUAAGUAAUUAUUUAGGUCAGCAGCAAUGUGAUUUUUUUUCUUCGGAUAUGACAGUAAAAUCAAAAUUUCGAAAAAUAAAAUCAACCCGUUUUCACUACCUAGAUUAUAUAAACAAAAUUUUGCUCGCCGAAAGUUUGAACUCAGUGAGGUUUUUGAUGAUUUUUUCAACAAUUAAUUUUCGGUAUGGAACGAAGGAUCGAGCUGAUCCUCACUUUUUUUUUUUCGUUCUGAAAUGUUGUACGAUUGUACUGCCAAAAUGUGGCGUUGCAUACACAAAGGCGUUUAAAUUAAGGCUGUCAGUAUUUACCGAGCGAUUCUAGCACACCAAAAUGUUAACCCAUUAUGAACCAGCAAUCAAAAAAGUAGCUGUGCCAUUGUAUUAUGAAAACGCUCAGUUUUGUGAGAAUAAGUUAAACCAAAUUAGCUACAGACUGUGCAGUUUUUUUAUCAAUAUGCAUAGCGUGAGAAAUAAAUGUUUUGAAAAUAUGAUACGUUCAAAUCUAAUAUCAAAAAAACCGAAAUGCUAAGCCAUGUGGUGCUUUUAGAUUGUCAUUAUCAGGUUUGGUCUGAUUGGCCACUGACACUAAUACUUCUGCCAAAAUUUUGCGCCAUUUUACUUUGAGUUGCGAGAGCUACGACGAAUUUUGUCUGAAGGCGUAACGGAUAAUUUCCUGGAAGGAAUUUAAAUCCCCUUAAAAAUCUGACAAAAUUUAUGAUAAAUGGUGACGGUGUCAGUGUCAAUCGUGGAAAAAGACUAAAUUAAUUUGGUAAUUACAGCUAUAAGCGUCACACGGUGAUCAUUCCGAGAAUUUGUUGACCUAAAUGACACGUCUUUUGAUCGAAGAAACUUCUUCGACGCUCGAAUUUUGGUUCCCAGUUGGAGUUUGUUUUCAGCUACAAGAAACCUUUCUGCGCAACUUUCGGUGAGCCAGGACCAAUUUUCGAAAAGUUUAAAACUAAACCUGUAAAAGAUCUGUGAACUAGGUGUGUGUAUUAAACAAACAAAAAAAAAGUUAAAAAAGAUUGAAACUUUACAGCCGUAUCGAUUUGGAGAUGAUGGCAUGCUUUCAGAUUAUUAGGUUGAAAGCAAUCGGAGUCUCCCAUAGAAUUUCAAGUUGAUAGUUGUCGUAGAGAUACAAAAAGCCUUCACUUUAUUUUCGAUCUAGGUUUGCUUGAGCUAGCUUGCAACUACCCUAAUGAAUGUUAUUGCUUUGCAAUCAAAACUAGCAUGCGAAGGCCAUUUUCCGUGUAGUUACCUUUCAAUGAGGAGAUUAUAAAAAAAGAACAAAAAAAUGGCAAAAGUACAAAGCAGUAGGACACCCUCAAAAUGUAGCACUGAACCGCAAAAAGGCUUAGUAUAACCAUAGCUGAACAUUGGAGAACCAAAUGAACAAACAAAAAAGACCUGCAGAAGCUAAGAACUCAACAACUAGAUG